CCGAGUUCCACCAAAAGGUCGUCAUAGACCUCAUUUGGCACUUGUUGGCUCUUUUUCGCUGGGAUGUAUUCCUAAACCUUGAUGCCUGCGAUCCCUAAUCUUGUGGCCGAGGGGCCAACUUACUUAGUUCUCCAAUUGUUGCCCACGACUCCUAUUCGGUGCCCCAUCUUUUUGCAAACAACUUCUGCGAUCUGAUUCAAUCUGGACCAUCAACGACGUCGAUGCCAACCCUUUGAUCUCUCCUGCAUCUUCGGCCCCCGACAACUGUCCUUUGUUCCUUCAAUUCAAUCGGCCUACGUCUGCUACAGCCGCCACCACCCCAUGUACAAAGCCCACCAGACAUUCUAAUAUAUCCAUAAACCGUCGCAUCUCUCUCACAAGCUCGACAAGGUCCUUAACGGUAGCCUGCCAUGGAGCAAAACAAAGUGGGCGCGUACUCGAACCCAUUAAAGAAAUUCAAGCUCGUUUUCCUCGGCGAGCAGAGUGUCGGCAAGACGUCGUUAAUUACUCGAUUCAUGUACGACUCUUUUGACACCACCUACCAAGCCACCAUUGGCAUCGAUUUUCUUUCCAAGACCAUGUACCUCGAAGACCGUACGGUUCGCCUACAGCUAUGGGAUACCGCAGGCCAAGAACGGUUUCGAUCAUUAAUCCCCUCUUACAUCCGCGACUCAUCCGUCGCCGUUGUGGUCUACGAUAUCUCAUCCAAGAAAACGUUCGAGCAGACGCGGAAGUGGAUCGAUGAUGUCCGCGGCGAAAGAGGCAACGACGUCAUUGUCGUACUGGUGGGCAAUAAGACUGAUUUGGGAGACUCAAAGAGAGAGGUCAGCACCCAACAAGGAGAGGACGAAGCGAAGCGAUCGGGCGCCAUUUUCAUGGAAACCUCGGCCAAGGUCGGCCACAACGUCAAAGCUCUGUUCAAAAGGAUAGCACAAGCCCUACCAGGCAUGGACAACGAAGGCGAGAACCAACCAAACCCGCAGAUGAUCGAUGUCUCUGUGAACAACCAGAAACCGGCGGAUGAUGGCUGCGCAUGUUAGAUGGUCUGAACAACUUUGCCACUCGCCGACAUCGACGGCCCCACACUCGCUCCAGGAAUCUUUCUCCCAGAAUCACGCCCUCCUGCUGCUGGCCGUCCGUCUAAUGUCCUUUGUGCAAGGAGGCAAGGAGAUAUCGACAAGUAUUACGCCGACAUCCUUCAAGUUGAGCACAUCACAGCUCCAACCAUAUAUACCUGACCAUGCGCGGCGAAUUGGAUUCUUGGCCGGGACACUCUUACAUGUCUGCGUCCAUGAGUACCAUUGUACUUAUGAGGACCGCUAGGAGAGCAACACACGUUGGUACAGCACUUGUGAGCAAUUAGCAUAGCAUGGCGUUCUAUGGGGUUAUUAGUUGCAAUGCACCGAUUUUACAUUCGAUCAUUAUUGUUUUUCCUUUGUGAGACCAGAACUCUCGACAUGCUAUACUGUAGGAGUUGGAUGUACUCGGGUUAGCUUCGUCCUGUGUCGGUAUGUUCAUGCUCCAACCAUUUUCUCCUCGAG